CAUGCAUAGAUAUCAGAAUUGUCCAUCGUGGAAUUGUAUAUCUCGAACCUGAAGAAAAGGAAAAAAUGGAUUAUGAUCCUCUUGUGGAUUUGGGAAACAAGGGCAAACAAUUUAAUAUCGAGUUUCUUGUUAUCCCUAUCCAUGGAUUUUUCGGAUUUCCAACCAACUAUCUUAGGUAUGGUCUUGUCAUAUUCGAAAAAGAAUCUAUCGAUUAUGUAAAAGCGAAAAUUCAGUGGCACUUUCCAGAAGAGUUUAAAAAUGUUUCUUUUAAUAUUCGAGUAUCUGAUCCCAAGGCCAAAACAUAUAAAGACAUGAAAUUGCAAGAUAAAGUUAGUGAUUAUUUUGAUAAAAAGCCUGUAACGGGACAUAUUCAUAUUAUAGUAGAAUCCAUUAGUUAG